AAAAACAAAACCCCACCGAAAACCCUCGUGAUCCCGAUCACCGGCGACAGCGAGGCCGCCAUGGAGUUCGUCAACCCCCUCACCGGAUUCCGUCUCGACGGCCGUCGCCCCAACGAGAUGCGGCAUAUCCGUGGAGAGGUCGGUGUCGUUGCCAACGCCGAUGGCUCCGCGAUGUUCGAAAUGGGAAACACCAAGGUCAUCGCUGCUGUCUACGGCCCCAGAGAGGUCCAGAAUAAGAGCCAACAGUUAAACAACCAGGCUCUGGUGAGAUGUGAGUAUAGCAUGGCUAAUUUCAGCACUGGUGAUCGAACAAGAAGACCCAAGGGUGACAGGCGAUCUACUGAAAUAUCUUUAGUUAUUCGCCAAUCGUUGGAGGCAUCUAUACUCACACACUUAAUGCCUCGUUCCCAGAUUGAUAUAUUUGUCCAAGUUCUUCAGGCUGAUGGAGGGACCAGAUCAGCAUGCAUCAAUGCUGCAACAAUAGCGCUAGCUGAUGCUGGAAUUCCAAUGCGUGAUCUUGUCACUUCAUGCAGCGCUGGAUAUUUAUGUACCACUCCAUUGCUUGACCUAAACUAUGUAGAAGAUAGUGCUGGAGGUCCAGAUGUAACUGUAGGUAUACUUGCAAAGACGGAAAAAGUGACACUUCUUCAGAUGGAUGCUAAAUUACCUAUGGAUAUUUUUGAAAAUGUCAUGCAACUUGCAGUAGAAGGGUGCAAAGCAGUUGCCCAAUACAUCCGUGAAGUUCUCUUGGAGAAUACAAAACAGCUAGAGAGUCGACGGGGCAUGUAGGGAAUAAGAGCUGAAAAUUUUGCCAUGCGAAAUCAAAUAUGGCAAUUAACUAUGUGUGGCAUGAACUCACAUGCAUGGAGUAUUCCGGCUGGUUAAUUUUGAGACACAGAAUGCCACAGAGAUGUACAUGAUCUCGAAGAGGUUCCUUGAAUGUCUUUUGCCAGGCACCAAGAGCAUAUCAAAACUUUGCAUUUACCUCUUCUUCCACUUUAUUUAACUCAUUGUAAUGUCAAACGAUUUUCUUCAAAUGGACUUGAUUUUUGGGUGUAACUUUUUGAGGGAGUAAAUGAGGAUUUAAUGUACUCAGGAGGUUGGUUCUGUAUUGGCACAAGUUAUGAAAUU